GCUUCACUUCCAGAUAUUUUCACAGCUGGUCACAGGAGUGACUCUUGGGUGGGCACUUCCUGGCAGUGAGUGACUGGCUGGGUGAAGGGUCUGAAGGAAAGCGAGAGAGCCAAGUGCAGGCCUGGGGGGGCUCCUCCCUGCUUUGGUGCCAGUUCAGAGAAGGGCUUAAAAAACUAAGGCACCAAACCCUCUUCCUGCGGGGAUGAGCCCCCAUGCCCCUUGCCAGGAGGCAGGGAGACCUAAAGGUAGCCGUUGCGUCACAAUUGCGGCUUUUAAGCUAAUGGAAAUGCUUGCCCUUGGUUUAGCCCUGUCUACACUAGGAGUACGGUCUCCGAAAGCUCUGGCUGAGCCAGCGGUAGCCAUGGUGGUGGAGAGUAGGAGAGGGCUUCUGUCUCAUUUAACGCAAGCCCGUGCAAAGCUGUUAGUGUUGCAAUUCAAAGCUCAGUCCUGCAGUGGACAAGUUCAUGGGCAUGUCUUUGAAUAUACUCGGGCAUUUCACAGUAAGCUGGAGCUAUGCAGCCAAAUAAAGAGGAAUAGAAGAUGCUGUCUGUAUAUGAUGGUGUAGUCUUCCUUAUAAGGUUGGUUCAUGCUGUAAUGCAAGGACAGAUCCCACCUUCCCAAGACACGUAGAUGACAGGGGAUGGAUCACGUGAUGAUUCCCUGUUCUGUUCAUUCCCUCUGAAGCACCUGGCAUUGGCCACAGUCAGAAGACAGGACACUAGGCUAGAUGGACCUUUGGUCUGGCCCUGUAUGGCCGUUCUUAUGUUCUACAAGGUAGUUUGCUGAGCAUAACUAAUUACGAUUUAGGAUUAGUUUGGCAUGAGGAACUGAUGGGUAGGUGACAGGAAGCCACAAAUUAAACAAAAGAAAAAAGAAAAAAAGAGAGGAGUACUUGUGGCACCUUGGAGACUAGUCAUAAGAGAGUUGACUGAUAGGAAGUUUGAAACCACAAGUAAAGGGUUCAGAGUAGCAGCCAUGUUAGUUUGUAUCCGCAAAAAGAACAGGAGAGCUGUAGCUCACGAAAGCUCAUGCUCAAAUAAAUGUGUUAGUCUCUAAGGUGCCACAAGUCCUCCUAUUCUUUUUGUGGCACCUUAGAGACUAACACAUUUAUUUGAGCAUAAGCUUUCAUGGACUAGAGCCCACUUCAUCGGAUGCAUAGAAUGGAACAUACAGUAAGAAGAUUAUACACAUACAGAGAACAGGAAAAGGUGGAGUAAGAGGCUAAUUAGUUAAGAUGAGCUAUUAUCAGCAGGAGGAAAAAAACCCCUUUUGUCGUGAUCAUCAGGAUGGCCCAUUCAGACAGUUGACCAGAAGGUGGGAGGAUACUUAACAUGGGGAAAUAGAUUCAAUAUGUGGAAUGACCCAGCCACUCCCAGUCUCUCUUCAAACCCAAGUUAAUGGGAUCUCGUUUGCAGAUUAAUUCAAGCUCAGCAGUUUCUCCUUGGAGUCUGGUUUUGAAGCUUUUCUGUUGCAAAAUUGCCACCUUUAAAUCUGUUACUGAGUGGCCAGAGGGGUUGAAGUGUUUUCCUACCGGUUUUUGAAUGUUAUGAUUCCUGAUGUCCGAUUUGUGUCCAUUGAUUCUUUUGCAUAGAGACUGUCCAGUUUGACCAAUGUACAUGGCAGAGGGGCAUUGCUGGCACAUGAUGGCAUAUACCACAUUGGUAGAUGUGCAGGUGAAUGAGCCUCUGAUCGUGUGGCUGAUAUGAUUAGGCCCUGUGAUGGUGUCCCCUGAAUAGAUAUGUGGGCACAGUUGGCAACGGGCUUUGUGGCAAGGAUAGGUUCCUGGGUUAGUGGUUCUGUUGUGUGGUGUGUGGUUGCUGGAGAGUAUUUGCUUCAGGUUGGGGGGCUGUCUGUAGGUGAGGACUGGCCUGUCUCCCAAGAUCUGUGAGUGGGAGGGAUCAUUUUUCAGGAUAGGUUGUGAUCCUUGAUGAUGCGCUGGAGAGGUUUCAGUUGGGGGCUGAAGGUGAGGGCUAGUCACUAUUGGCAGUUGAGGAUGAGUCUAAGGAAUACGUAUAACCAAACGUACAGGUGUCAACAGCGGGGAUACUAUAGAAAUAUCAUGGCAACUAAUUGACAAAAGGUAAUGAGGUAAAUAGGUAACCAAUUAACAGUGUGGUGACCCCCCCAGAGAUAUGAGUGUGGAAGCUUAGAUAAGGAAAAGGGGCCAAGACACAUGAAUAUGCCUAGCCAGGAAAAGUGUGAUCAACCUACUGACAACCACCUAGGAACUGUCUGGGAUGGGGAAUACUGUAAGUAACGCAAGUGCUGGUCACGUCUCAUUAUUUCUCUGUGCCCUGCUGGGAGGGGGGUGGGCGUUUGCCUGGCUGGCUAAUAAAAAUAUUGGUUAAAGAAAGGGCAGGGUGGUGUCCUGCUAGCCUCUCUCCUGGAGCUGAUCUGGCGGCUGACCCUACCCAGACCACUGCAGUGUAGACCCCCGCCCUGGGGUGGGCCAAGAGUAACUUAAACCCACACGAAGGGCUACAAUGCAGUCUAGUUAGGAUUGCUGUAGGAACCCGAACACUUGUGUUUCCCCACUCAGAUCUAAUGUUGCAAUAACAUAGUUCUUAGCUUUUCUCUCCCAGAAAUUGAAAUCAGUCUCUCAAAAGUGCCCAGUUAGGGCCCUGUCUAACCCGAGGGGGAAAGGCGGCGGUGGUGGGGAAGGCAGGUACAAGUGUAGCAUCCCAAACUUUUGCUAAACUAAACCUACAAAGGAAAAAUACUAUGGGAGAAAGCCGGGCCCCAGUGAGUUUUGCCCUGGGACUGCUGUAGGCCAGUAUUUCACCCCGGGCCGUGUGCUUUGUGUCUUGGUGAUGGAGAGAAGCUGGAAAGGUGUGUACGUUUUUUUGCCCCUGUUCUGUUUUUCGUACCUGGGCGCUUGUCUGCGGAAGUGGCUCCACCUCUCCUGGCCCAGUUCAAGCAGCCCAGCCCCCUAGCUCUGAGGCAGUCCUGCCAGUAUAAAAGGGCUUUUACCGGUGUACUUAGUCCCAGGUGGGAAAGGGAAGAAGCCACACUAGUGUAAGGACCUUUCCUCCCAGUAUCGUUACAGCAGUGCAAGGCAUUGGUGUAACGAUACCCAUAGGUGAGCGCGUCCCUAACCAACGUAGCACAAACGGAGUGGAAAGAGCAGGAGUCGAUCUGCAGAGAGGAACUCCGGGGGGUGACCAGAGGGGCUGGAGCUGCUGAACCCUUCCCAAGGGCUCUCUUCCUCUGCAGCAUGUGACUACAUGGGUGUUAACAGCCUGAAUCCCACCCCCCUUCCCCUACUUGACUGGGAUUCACAGGUGGGUCGGUGUCCUGUAACCCCUCGCCCGUAAAAACAGGGCAGGCUGGUCUAAUGUUAAAAUCACGCCCAGGACCAAAACAAGUCCUGCCGAGGGGGAGGAUGGCCUUGGUGGGUAGGGCCUGGGCUGCAGGGCAGCGGUUUCUCUGGCACAGCGAUGUCUGCUAGGAAUGUGGGGGGAGGCGGGAGAGAGAAACGCUGGAGCUGUGCCGGCAAAGCCCAGGCUCGACGCAGUUAUGGGCCUGUUGGCAGCAUAGCCCGUUCCAGUCAGGGAGUUCCCAGCAUGUCCACAGACUCCCCUGGGACCUUGGCCCUCCCUCAGCUCUCAUCUGCAGAGCAGUCCCUCACGCUCUCCCUUUGCUCAGAACGGGAGUUCCGGGGGGCCAGGCCUGCCUCUUUGUACAGCACCUGGCACACUGGAGCCCGGAUUUCUCUCUGGCAUUGCUGUAUAAACCAGAGACUCCAGCUGGGCCUUUGCUCCAGGCUAAAGGAGCCAGAAGGGGUGUAGCCCCACUCCUCUGCCCCCUGCCCGCUUCACGGCUCUCCCUGGAACAGCUGCAAGGCCGAAGCGGAGCUGAAAAGCUCCUUCUUUCCCAUCAGCCUUCCAGGGGCCGGCCCGGGUCGGCGCCGGGCAGGGUCUGCGUGGUUCAAUAUCUGCACGUCCGGCCCAGUGCUCCAUGGUGCAGAGGUGGGAACGCUGGGCCAUGGCAAGCUUUGAGGUGGCUGCUGCCAACACCCGACCCCGGGCCAGAGGGUGUCUAAGGGGCUGGGCUUUAAUGGGCCGUCCCGGAAUGGGUGGAGGAGCCAGUGGAAAACAAGCAGGGCAGCUGGGUAAUUAAAGGCCCCAUUCACCCUGGCUCUGCGCCUUGUUCAUCCUUUGCCCCAGUGCCAGGGGGUGUCCCACGCUACGCGGCGUGUCUCAGCGCAGGGCACAAAGCAGAGUCCGACUCCGAAUCCACUGCCUGGGUUCCCCUGGUCUCCAGGCGGAGAGGGUCCGUCCGGCCUCGCUGGGUCAGUGCCCAGGGCCUGGAGUCCCGCGAGAACUUGCUUUGUGUGGCUCUGUUAGUGUUCAGCUUGGAUUAACGAACCGGCGACAAAGCUAGACCAGCACAGAGCAGCUCGAAGCCGCUCUGAACCGAUGGGCUGACUUCUUUCCUCAUGCCCCAGUUUUUACAACGUUCACGAGGGAACCUACGAUUUCCGUACCUGUUCUUGCCAGUUUCUUCUCUUGUUUUGAAUGACGUUUUCCACGAGUCUGCCAAACGUAGAGGCGUCGUGUGCUCGCUCUCCCUUGGUACCGGGAGUAUGGGGCCAGGCUUCGACAGGACCAAAUAUUUUACCCUGUCGCUCUGCCAUUGUGUCCCAUCCAGCCGUGGCAUGUUGCACCGUGGCCCAGCACGCAGUUUGCGAAGCCUUCACGUAACACCGGCCUUGUCCCUGACCGGGUACCGGGAAGAGGGGUCCCCGCAGCUUACCCGCUUGCUGGGCCCAAGUGCAAAGCAUGCUGGGAGGAUGGUCCAGACAUUUUUCUCUUAGCAGAAGUACAAAGGGUUUGGGGGAAACGUGACCUGAAAACACGUCAUAGUCACACAAACCACAAGCCCAACAGCUGCUGUUGACACUGCACCUGAUCCUGGCUGACAGCUCCGUGUCUGGCCUCCCUGUGCUGCCCUCCUGGCGGCGGGGGCAGCGUGCGGGCAGCCUGUGGGAGUUUUCCAGGGGGUGCGGAGGCCGCUCCCAGCGUGGGUGGAGGAGGAUGCAGGCCUCAGUCUCUUCUCUCUCCUUCGCUGAGCAGGGCUCUGCUUGCUGGGGAGCGGCCGCCUGCCGAGCCAUGGUCACUUUCGUCACGCACGAAGUCCGGCAGCUGCUGCACAACAAGUUCGUGGUGGUCGUGGGGGAUUCCAGUGAGUCAGCCGAAGGGACGCCGGAGCCCCCCAGCGCGGGGGUCCAGCGAUCGGUUUACAAGGACCUGGUGUUGCUUUUGCAGAAGGAUGCUCUCCUCAGCCAGGCCCAGCUGAAAGCCAAGGGGGAGCUGACCUUUGAGAACGACUGCCUGGUGGAGGGCGGCACGCUGGGCGAGCUGACCAACGGCACCCACUACAAGGAGGUGCGGCAGUACCGCACGGACCAUCACCUGGUGCGCUUCUACUUCGUCACCCGUGUCUACUCCGACUACAUGGAGAGCAUCCUGGCCGACUUCCAGGCUGGGCCGCAGCCCGACGUCGUCAUCAUCAACUCCUGCUUGUGGGACGUGAGCAGGUACGGCCCCAAGUCCAUGAAGCAGUACCGGGUGAAUCUGGAGAAGGCCUUUAACCGCCUGGACAAGGUGCUGCCCCAUGCCUGCCUCCUGGUGUGGAACAUGACGAUGCCCGUGGGCCACAAAAUCAUCGGGGGCUUCCUCACCCCAGAGCUGCAGCACCGAGGCAAGAAGCUGCCCCACAGUGUGAUCGAGGGCAACUUCUACGGGGCCGUCCUGGCCAGCAGCCACCACUUCGACGUGCUGGACCUGCACUACUAUUUCCGCUGGGAUGCGCACCACCGCCGGGGGGACGGCGUCCACUGGAGCCGGGCUGCCCACCGCAGGAUCACCCACCUGCUGCUGGCCCACGUGGCCGACGCCUGGGGCGUCGAGAUCCCGGAGAGGAGACCCCAGGGCGGUUGCUUUCAGGCAAAUGCUCUGGAGUGGGGCUCGCAGCCCGCCCCCUGCCCGGCGCCCCACGCUGCUCCGCCCUGCCCCUGGGGGUCCGCGCUCGGUCACGUCUCUGACUCUGCAGGGCCCGAGUGGGACAGCAGCUGCCUGUCCUGGACGCCCCCGCCCAGCGCCUGCCCGCUGCCCCCUCCGGCUCCCCGGCCCCUCUUUGACUUCUGCUGCCCCUCCAAGGAUCCCAUUUUCCAGGAAGACUCCCCCUUCCUCCCCAGCGAUGCGGGGCCUGGCACGCCCCUCUCCGGAUACAUCAGCUUCGACAACUGCCCCGGAUUCAGUGCGGAGGGUCCUGCCAGCCGCUUUCAAGCUUCCUGGGGCGCACCGCACGCUCUUCCGGGCCCGGGGCCCUUCCCCGGCUUCUCAGGAAACCCAGGACCCAGCUUCCCUCCGCACCCCCGGAGCCCGACCAGGCGAGGCCACGGCGGGCGCUCCCACGGCUUCAUAAUGAGGCGGCAGCCAGUGAGAUGGAGGUCUGGGCCCCCCUACAACAGGCCCCACUACGGCUGCUACUGAGGGGCCCUGGCAGAGUGGGCGCGUCUCCCCGCGGGCGGGCGGGCGGGCUCCCUGCCAGGCGCUCGGCUCCGGCUCUGAACAGACUCGGGUAGGGCUGGCUUGCCUGUCUGCAGGUGCGUGCCGCGACGAUGCACCUGGGCGUCGGAGGGCGCCCUGGCCGGGAGGCGGCUACCACUCAGGUGGCUGAGUUAUUACAUGUAGUAUUUGGGGUGGGGGGCAGAGGGCUGCGGGGGCCUGGCGAGAAGGGGCUGUGAUCUGCCAGGUGCUCUGGCUCAGGACAAACGCCCUGCUAUUGGGCACAGCCGGGCUGGCUCCACUGGUGGAUGCUGGCGGGGAGGGUGGGGUUGUUUCCUUUCCCGAGAGCUGGCCGGGCUGGGUCCCUUCCUUGGAGGCUCCCUGUGGAUGGCAGCUCAGGGAGCAUGGCACGCCGUGCCCAGUGACGGCACUGGGAACAGGUCUAGACAGAGCGUCCCAGCCCCGUGCUGGGGCCGGGAUACUGCAGCGCUGGGCACUGCCCCGGGAAGCGCUCUGUAGGCCAGGCCCAUGAGGGGCGGAGGGCCCCAUCCUGCCAGGUGCUGGAGCCGGUGAGGAUUGGCAGCCACCUGGGGGAGGUGCUGAACGCCAGCCGUCUGCCAAGGGGCUGGGGCUGCUGGGGCCUCGCCCAGGGGGUCUGUCUGUCCAGCCUGAGUCUCUCCCCAGCACUGAGUCCAAUUCCCCCAUCCCCAUCCGCUGCUGUUACAAACCUGCCCAGACGGGGCGGGCAGGGAGUGGUUUGCCCCUGCCAGGCUUCCUGCCCCGGACUGCCAUGGCUGUGAGCCGGCCGGUGGCCUCGCCUGCUCUCCAUGGGAUUCUCAGGGCUAGCUCAUGUUCCUUAAUCGUUGAUCUGUUUUCAGCCCCCUCCGUGGGGUGUUAUUUCACGAGGUGGGUCUGCACUACAGCCCCCCUGUGCCCCUUCCUGGGGGGUGGGCAGGUCAUGCUGCUCUGAGGUUGCUUUACACUGGCAGGCUGCGGGGCAGAGCCCUUGGUGGCUCGGUGCACUAAAGCCCUCUAGCCCCAGCCAGGCUUGCCGGCGGGCCCAGACCUGUGCUCAGCUGCACUGAGCCGAUGAGGUUGCACCAGCAUAACUGUGAGUUGAGUCCCUUCCUGGCCAUCUGCUUACAGGCCCAGGGGGGCCCUGCUGCUGGCACAGCAGUUAUUGAACAGGAAAUGCUGUUUUAGGCAAGUGUUCUUGUGUGGUUUGUUGACUUGUUAAUAAAGCUUUGACUAGUG